CCCUUUCCCGUCUUGCGAAAAUUUUUUAAAUUGGUUGAUUAUACCUGUUUUUCGUUUUGCAUCUUAUUCCUAUUUAAUUUUCGAUUUUAUUUUAUUGUUAUUGUCUAUUGCGAGGAUUGUACUUUAGCCCGUUUUGGGUAUGCCAAGGCCAAUUAAGAAGAAGAAGAAAUAUAUGCUACGUGUUUAAAUGUAGAUUAGGUUAGGCACGUAUUUACAUGUAUAGGAACACGUACAGGUUGGAUACAAGUAGUACGUGAGUUGGUAGUCCGAUGUUGGUAGCUACAUAAAAUUAUGUGUGUUCAUUAAAACGUUGGCAUAAACACGACACGAUGGAGGUGACAAAUUCAAAUUUUCAAGAUGUGCUGUGUGAGCUGGAGAGCGUCUUAAAAGAUGCGGCCUUUCUCAGUAUCGAUGGUGAAUUCACUGGUCUCAAUUCUGGCCCGGAUGCCGGUCCUUUUGACACGCCAGCUCAAUAUUACGCCAAGCUCCGAGCAGGAUCAAUGGAUUUCUUGCUCGUACAAUUUGGUUUAUCCGUCUUUACAUACGAUUUACAAAUAAACAAAUACUCUCAGCGCUCUUACAACUUUUAUGUGUUUCCCAAACCGAUGAAUCGUCAGGCACCAGACAGUAGGUUCAUGUGCCAGGCAUCAUCCAUAGUGUUUUUGGCAAAUCAAGAUUUUGACUUCAACAAGCUUUUCAAGCAUGGUAUACCAUAUCUCAGUGCAAACGAAGAGGAGAAGCUCAUUAAACGCUUGGAGGAGAAACAGAAACUCAAAGAGGAAAAUAAUCAAGACUUAAUUCCAAUAUCGGAUAAUGACAAGCCUCACAUAGAGGAGAUAUGUUCUAGAAUAGAGAAUUUUCUUGCCUCAGAUGCAAAAGAGUUGACGAUAGACAAGUGCAAUGGUUUUAUGAGAAGACUGGUAUAUCAAGAAGCACGGAUCAGAUGGCCUAACAAAGUGAGAGUUGAAAGUAAAGUUGAAAAUACUUGGCAGUGUCUUUUGAUACAGAAAGCAGGCACCAAGGAGGAAGAAGAGGAGAAGGAGAAACAGAAACGGGAGAGGGAAAAAUUGGAAAUUAAACAGGCUGUAGGACUUAGCAGUCUUCUGAAAAAGAUUGUAGAAUCUGAAAAGAUAAUAGUAGGACAUAAUAUGCUGUUAGACCUAUGUCAUAUUAUACAUCAAUUUUUUACACCUUUGCCAAGUGACUAUUCAGAAUUUAAAUCUUUGGUUCAUGGCUUGUUUCCUAGUUUAUUGGAUACAAAAGUCAUCUGUCAAUCACAACAAUUUAAAGAACUUGUAUCGUCGUCGAAUUUGAACGUAUUGUUAGACAUUGUAAGCAAGCCACCUUUUUCCGUUCCCGAUGUGGAGCCCGUGGAAGGACGAAGUUAUUCGGUAUCAACAGAAAAAUCACAUGAGGCAGGAUAUGAUGCGUACAUCACUGGAUUAUGCUUUAUUGCAUUGUCCAAUUAUCUUGGCACGCUACAAAAGUCUGAGAAUGCUACGGUAUUAGCGAAUUCACCUUUGCUUAAUCCUUUUCUCAACAAACUUCCAAUAGCAAGAUUGAAAGAUUUUCCAUACGUGAACCUGACAGGAAAAGAUCCAAAUCCUAGCAGAGAUCACGUAUUUCAUUUAACAUUCCCUAAAGAGUGGAAACAUGCGGACAUAAGUCAACUUUUUAGUCCAUAUGGAGGUGGAUAUGUUUCAUGGCUAUCCGACACGUCCGCGUACAUUGGUUUAUAUCGUCGCGAUCAAGCCGGUGCCGUAAUGACGAACUUGUCCAAGGGAACUAUUUGUAAAGUACAAAAAUAUGCAACGCAUCAAGCUACUUUGCAAAUUCCAUCUGAAGAUCGCAAACGGAAGUUGCCACCCGCGAACGACAAGGACGAGAAGGAUGGCGAGAAGUCGACGACCAACGGCGUGAAAACAUCGGAGGACGACAGCGAGUGGAAAGUUGCCACGGGUAAAAGGCGCAAGAAACGCAGGGAGCAGGCGGCAACCGUCGACAAGAAAGCUUUCGAGGAAAAUGACGCUUGGAAUUAACUACGGUGUUCCGGAGAACAUCGCGUUUCAACUGCACGGAAUGAUGCAGUGAAUACAUAUGCAUAAGUACAGAACAAUCCGAAAUGUGCUGAAUCAGAAAAAAAA